GAGGGGAUGUGCAGCUGAUUGUGUUUUUGUUGUUGUUGGACAUGUCGAAAGUUUUUGAUAUCGCUGAUUUAAGAGGGUUGUGAAGGAACAGAACAGAGAUUGAUCGAUUAAUUGAGUUGAGGAUUCAGAGUUUUCCUCGAGGAAAAGUUUAUUUAGGAUGUCUUUGCUCGUAUUGUUGAUUUGUGAAUGCUAUCUUCUGACAAUUGUUAAUUGUUUACCAUUGAGUAAAGAGGAAAGGAAGGGAUUCAGUGGUUUAUUAAGGAUUCAAAGGAUUAUUGAUGGAGAAUUAUUGAUGGAUGGAACAACGUCAAGCAUCAACAGUUGAGGGGUUGCAGAAGAGAUCAUGUCGAGAACAUAUGGAUCAUUUUUAAGUUAUGAGGAUGGAGAUCAUGAAGAUGAGGAUGGGAAUGCUUCCGGGAAGCAAGGAAGUCGAGAGAAGGCGACGAGAGGGUCUGGGCCAUCUGCUGGGAAAAGGACACUAAAAUAUCGAAAUCCAGGGCAUCCAGUGGAAGUGCAACGACGUAUUCGCCAUCACAACAAGGAAAGACGCGAGUUGGAGACAUCUCAGGCGGAAGACGACGCCCUUGAAUCAUCUCAUAAACCAAAAAAAGUCAGGAGAGAAACACGUCAAGUCGUCACAACAGAUGAUCCCCAGAAGAAGAAGAAGACAGGAAAGACUUAUUUGAUCAUCACAAUUUCAGACGAUGAAGACAUUAAUUCAAAUUCGGUCAAACGUGAGUCUCAAUCUCCAAAUUUUCAACAAAAUAGAGGAAAAGAUAAGAGGGUUUCGGAUGAAGUGAUGGACGAAAUCAUGGAACAGUCCAUUCCCUAUCCCUCAAGCAGAUCAGUUGCUGAAGAAGUUGAUCCACUUCGAUCAGGAAAUGGGUCUGACUCAUCAGAAUCGGGACACAACGUGAAGAAUGCGAGAGUUUUGGAUCAAGUGAUGGAUGAAGUCAUGGAACAGUCCAUUCCUUAUCCCUCAAGGGGUUCAAAUAAUCGAGAAAUUGAUCCACUUCGAUUAGAAAAUGAGUCUCAAUCAUCAGAAUCUGGACAGAGUAUACAGAAUACGAGAGUUUUGGAUCAAGUGAUGGAUGAAGUCUUUGAUCAGCCCAUUCCUUAUGUCUCAAGAACUUCAAUUAAUCGAGAAAUUGAUCCACUUCGUCAAGAAAUUGAUCCACUUCGAUUAGAAAAUGAGUCUCAAUCAGCAGAAUCUCGACAGAAUAGGAAGAAUGUGUCUGUUUUGGAUCAAGUGAUGGAUGAAGCCAUGAGACAGUCCACUCCUUAUUCCUCAAAAACUUCAAUUAAUCAAGAAAUUGAUCCACUUCGUCAAGAAAUUGAUCCACUUCGAUUAGAAAAUGAGUCUCAAUCCCCAGAAUCUGAAGACAUUGGAAAUGAUACGACAAUGAAUCGACUAAUAACUGAAGUCAUGGAUCACUCCAUUCAUCAUCCCUUAAGGACUCUAGAUUACCGAGGAAUCAAUCCUCAUCUCCUAAAAAAUGAGUCCCAGUUCCAAUACGACAUGAAUCAGUUUUCAGACAUGGACCAAUCAUAUUCAAGCCACAAUGAAUCAUCAAUCAGUUCAGAUCAGAAAGAAACUCCUCCAAAUUUCCUCAGUGUUGAUCCCCAGUUCCAAGAAAUUGAUCGCAAAACCUUAAGAGGUGAGAGAAGAAUGGACCAAAUUAUGAACGAAGUCAUGAAUCAGUCCAUUCAUCAUCCCUUAAGGACUCCAGAUCAUCAACAAAUCAAUCCUCCUCUCCCAAAAGAUCAGUCUCAAUCCCAGGGCUCUGAACAGAACAUCAAGAGUGACGCGAUGUUUAAUCGACUGGAGACUAACGACAUGAAUCAGUCUCCAGACAUGGAUCAAUCAUAUUCAAGCCUCUGUGAAUCAUCAAUCAGUUCAGAUCAGAAAGAAACUUUUCCAAAUUUCCUCAGUGUUGAUCCUCAGUCCCAAGAAAUUGAUCGCAGUACCUUAGGAGGUGAGAGAAGACUGGAUCAAAUCAUGAACGAAGUCAUGAAUCAAUCCAUUUAUCAUCCCUUAAGGACUCCAGAUCAUCAACAAAUCAAUCCUCCUCUCCCAAAAGAUCAGCCUCAAUCCCAGGACUCUGAACAGAACAUCAAGAAUGACGCGAUGUUUAAUCGACUAGAGACUAACGACAUGAAUCAGUCUCCAGACAUGGAUCAAUCAUAUUCAAGCCUCUGUGAAUCAUCAAUCAGUUCAGAUCAGAAAGAAACUCUUCUAGAUGUCCUCAAUGUUGAUCCUCAGUCCCAAGAAAUUGAUCGCAGUACCUUAGGAGGUGAGAGAAGAAUGGAUCAAAUCAUGAACGAAGUCAUGAAUCAGUCCUCCAUUAAAGAAGAGAGAAUGACUCCAGGAGAUUCACAAGAACAAAUCGAUGAUCAAUCAUUCAAUUUAGCAGGCAUCAAGGUGAAGCGUCAAUCCCCUCAUCGAGAAUACGUACGUAUUGGAGAUCAUGAGGAUCUUGAGGCAAUUGCAUCUCAGUCAACAAGAGAUCGUUAUCAAGCGAAAAGUGAAAGCCAAUCAUCAUCCUGUCGUGAUACACUAAUAAUUGACGAUCCUCUUAAUAGCGAAUUUUCUCCAGUCUCAUCAGAUUAUUCAAAGUUUUCUCCAUCAAGAAGAAGUCGUCAUCGGGUAACGAGUGACACCCAAUCAUCAUCAUAUCUUCAUAGAUUGAUCGAUCAUGCUCUUGACAGUGGACUUUCCUCAGUCCCAUCAGAUGGUUCUGAAUCAGUUUCAAUUGACAGAAAUGUUCGAGAUUUGGGAAGAGAGAGGACUCUAGACUCUGAUGAUGAGGAUGAUGAUGAAUUUACCCCACAAGCUAGACCCAGGGACAUCCUUCAAGCAAAUGUUGAUGAUUCUUUGGUCAUUUCGAACAGAGAAAACAAUAAGUCCAUGAAUGAUCGUCGUAGAAAUCCAGGGGAUGAUUAUUAUUUCAGAAAACAUUUUGGUCCUGACGAGAACAAAGCGAUGAUUGAUGUUCUUAUCCAGGAUAAUCAGAUCGAUCGUGCAACGAAAUUGACAUACUGGAUGGACAUUGCACAGUUGCAACUUCCAGGCCUGAAGGGUCGCUCUGGAAAAUCUCUACACAAUCGUUUCAUGAGGUUCUUGCUGUCGAAGCGGUACGCAGCAUAUACUGGGAAUCCACUUGCUCUGGCGCAAUUCGAGGCUCUGUAUGAGGAAUGGUUCAAGGGAUCCAGACCUCAGGUCUACGAAGUGGUGAAGGAUGACAAGUAGAUUUAGUUUAUUCAGGAGAUGAAUCUACUUGUUACUUCACAACUAGUCGAAGAGGAGUGGAAAAUAUAUAUAUAUUUUUUUAAUUUUUAUGGGGUGUAUGGAGGAGUCGGUGGUGAUAUGAGGAUAGAAUGCUUUAUUUCCUUGAUCAUAGUUUUACAGUUUUAUAUGAGCCAAUUGCUGCUAAGAUGAUUGUCAAAUCGUGUGUGUGAUUUUAUUUAUUAUUAAAGAAUUGAUUCAUUACAAUUUUAUUCACUGUUUAUUAUGUUGUACAAGAUAAAGUAAUGACAGUCACACAGGAGGAAAGAAUAGCAAUUGACAGAAUCAAGCAGAAGCCGUAAAUGGCGAAAUUAUUUAUCCUCUUCAGAUCACCCUCAACUCACUGCAUCAAGUUUCUAUAAAAUUAA